AUGGCGGAUAUCUUCGAUACGAUUUCGGCUGAGUCUCAGACCGAAUCUGGCUCCCGAGAGGAGUGCGGCGAGAUGCUCCCGGAAAGUUCUUCGCCGGCGACCAGUUCGGAGCGCACGGGUUCUCCUCAUUGUGACGAAGAAGACGUAGGGGGGGGGGAUCUUCCGCUGAUCGACCGGGCCAAAAGGAAAGCGCCUCAGACCAGGGGUUCGAGAGGCGGCGGACACCGUAGGGGUGAGUGCGGCGGUCAGGCCGGAGGUGGCGAAAAAAAUCCGCGACCCCGGAGGUCUAAAGCUCUGAAGCCUCCUCGAGUUUCUUAUGCGGAUGGGGGAUCGGGAACCUGGAGCAAUUCGAAAUCCAUCUCGGCGAUGAUUUCUGGGUGCGGGUUUCCGUCUGAUGUCGAGGUCCGAAUUCCCGCUGAGGAUGAUCGCCCCUGGCGUCCUCCGAGUGGGUUUGUAUGCCUGUGCGAGGCUUAUUUUACGAGAUGCAGGCUGCGCUUCCCCCUUCCCGAUUUGUUUGUCUCGUAUUGUCAUCGGCGGGACUUGGCGUUUUCGCAGAUAUGCCCGACGACCGUGCAGAACAUGGUCGUGUUGUUGACUUUUGGGUCGGAGAGCGGUGUUGACGUGUCGCUUGAUCUUUUCAAAGAUCUUACCAAUCACAAGAGUAAUCCCGCUAUACCGGGCUCAUAUUAUGCUUCCUCCAAGGUGGGGUUGGACAUGACGUCUGACAAGCCGAGCAAGGUUGGCGAAUGGGAUCGCAGCUACUUUUAUGUGCGGGCUAACGAAACGGCCGGUCUCGUUCCAGGUCGGAGCUAUCGAACUGAUUGGAAUUUUUCUCCUGUGUCGCACCGAGAUGGACCCAGAAUAGGUGACUAUGAACCGCUCCUCGUUAAGCUUAGGUCGGUCCCGAGGCUUCGCUCCCGUUUCACAAUUCCUUCGUACGCGGCUACGCUUAUUCUCAUGCCGACCGUCCCGAAUUGUGGUGCUUCUGUCGAUGAGGAGGCGGAGAACGUUCCCGCACUGAGGAGGAGGAUGGCUUCUGAGAGGGAAAGGGAAGAUGGUGUCGCUUCGGACGCGGCAUCUAAAAGAUGGAGGACGGGGGAGGUGGAAGGCGCGACGUCCGAGCCAGGGCCGAUGCAGUCUGGUGAACGGGAAAGCGGGGUCCCUGAAUCUCAGGGGGCUGAUCUUCCAGUGGGUAGAGGGGAUCAGGGCGUCGAGGGAACCGUGGCGGCCGAUCUCGCGGCGGAAGAUCGGGAGGGCGGUGGCGACGGUACUCAGGUAGAUGAUCUGCCUGAGGGCCAAGGAGGUCGGGACGAUGUUGGUCCCGAGGGCGGGGAUGCUGAGAUGGACGGGGACGACCUGCCUGGUGGGGGUAAUAGUGAGAUCGUUUCUCAACACCAUGAGGGUGGGGAGGGCGAAGGUCAGAGGGACGAAGAAGAGACCGGAGCGCGGGCACCGGGGAUGCCUACCAAUGAACCGGGUCUGCAGGAGGAUCACCGCUUCGAUUUUAGCUAUCGCGAAGCAGGCCGGAGCAUUCACUGUGAUAAACGUCAGUGCUCCAAUCUUAUCUAUGCGGCGUCGCAUGGGAGGCAGGAACCCUAUCGCUCCGUUGAGGACUUGGCUGUAACCGCGAACUUCCAGAUAGCUUCGUGGGAUUUGAUUCGGGCCGGGGCGUGUCUGACCGCCAUAUGCGAAGGCUAUGAGAAGCGGCUCGACGAUGCUCAAGAAGAGAUCGGCAGGUCGACAGACCGAGUGGUGGCUCUCGAGCAAGAGCAGAUCCUGGCGGGGGAGAAGAUUCAGUGGCUAGAGCGACAAUUGGCGGAAGAACGAGCGCACUCUGCCGCACUAAGGGAGGCCUCGGCUGAGACCUCUAUCGCGUCCGAGGUGGCGAGGGUGGCGACCGUCGAACGGGAUACGCUGCAGUCCAAUCUCGAUGCGGAGAGGGUGAAGUCCGCCGAUCUUGAGGCGCGAGUGGCCAGCUUGUCGGAUGUGAUUAGGAUACUCUUUUCGAAGCGGGAACAUCAUAAGGCUGAGUCCAUGCGGGUAUCGGAUAUGUACCUCCGGUUGCAUGAGAAGGUCAAGGCUGCCGAGGACCAUCUCGCCAGGGAGAACGCACGUAUCGCGACUGCGCAAGCGGAGAGGAAGCAGAGGUGGCAAGCGAAGAUGAGUCAGGUGGUGGGGACGCACGAGUGUCUCAUGAGGUUGAAAGACGCAUAUGGCUUGACGCCUCCUCCGGAAGUCUUAGAGAAGCUGAAGAGCGAUGAGGCCGACUACAGAGAGAGGACCGGGACCGGUCAGGCGUCAGUGGCCUCCGUGGCUGCGCCGAGUUCGUCUUCGGUGCCUGGCCAAGGCGUGGUGCCUCCCGUGCCGGACUCCUCGAACCCUGAUCCGUCCUCAGGAGGGAGAGGUGGAGCGGCGGAAAUGACCCAGCCCUUUCGCGGUCAAUUCGGGACGAACGCGCAGAUGUUGAGCCCAGAGGAUGCUAGGGACCUGCGUUGA